AAUUGGAGGUUUUGUUAUAAAAUCAUCAUCAUCAUCUUCAUCAACAACAACCUCAUCAUAAAUCGAUGCGACCAACAAAAUAAUUUAUUUUCGAAUAUUAUUGAAUUUAUUAUCGAAGAUAUUUAUCGCAAAAUUGUUUAGGAGAAAAAAAAAUUUCAUGAAUUCAAUCAAAGAUCAAUCUUAUUCAACAACAAUGUCGGCUGAUGUUCCACCACCACCAUAUUCAUCAUUGUAUCCACCAACAUCACCUUAUGGACCAAUACCGAUGACCUCUGCUACUGGUGCAAUGCCAACAUUUGCACCAUUUUAUCAUCAGAAUGGUAGCAUUGGCGCAUCUGGUCAUCAUCAUCCUCCUCCACCAACGCAAUCACCACAAAUGAUGACACCAUUAAUGGCAACUCAGCCAUCAACAAUUGGUCCUCAUCAUCAAAUGUAUGGUGCUAUUGGUCCAAAUCAUUACAUUCCAGCAGCAGCAACUGCAACACAACCAUACGGCCUAUAUCAAACGGCAUUAAUACCAACAGCAUAUGGACCAAUGAUUGCUCCAAUACAAUUUCCACCGAUGACAAAUUCGGCUGCUGCUGCCGCUGCAGCAGCUGCCGCAAUGAUGAUGCCAACAACAACAAACACAACAGCAGGAACAACAGAUUCAUAUUAUAUUGAUCCACGAAUACAAUAUCAUCCAUCUCGUGCAUUCGAAAUUGAAAUGGCUCGACAAACUAUUCCAAUUCCACCACCAUUUGGUCAUAUUCCAACUAUACCACCAUCAGGAAAUAUGGCAUUAAUGUAUGGUGGUGGUGGUGGUAUGCCAAAUGGAAAUGGUACAAUGUUGAUAUCGAAACCAUUGAAAAAACCAUUCUAUUGAUCGAUCCAAAAACAUCAUCGUCAAGUCGAAUCGAAUGUUGAUUAAAUAAUCAAUGUGCAAUAAACAUCAUACCAUUUACGAUUAUCAUCAUU